GCAGAAGCAAAGCAACCACAAAUGGACCAAAACGCUGUCGUUUCCUUCCGUCACCGUCAAUCUCCAUCGUCCGAUCGAUUCCUCGGCGUCUUUUCUCCACCGUUGAUUGAUUCUGCUGCUUUAAUCGCCGCCGAUGAUGCUGACGAUGAUGAUGAGCUCAAUGAAGAUGAUGUGUUCUGGACUGAAAAAGUCUUAACUGAAUCUCAACUCCGUUCGCAAAAUUCUUGCCGUCAGUCCUUCCGGAAGCCGGAGAAGUUCGGUAUUCUCGCCGCUUUACCGGAAGAUCACCGGAAAAUCUCAACUGACCUUCCGGUUGUUCGUCGGAAGAGUUCAAUUUCUUCAUCGUCUUCUAGUACGGAGUCGAUACCGCAAUCGCCGUUUUCACGUGCGAUUCCUAUGAUUCCGAAGGCUCCGCCAGGUAACAAUGACUUUACUCGCUCAAACUCUAUGCCGGUGAGGAAGUUCCAGCACUCAGCUCCGGUAAAUGUGCCGAUGAUGGCGAGGAAGAAGAUACAGAAUCGGAUCGAGUUUGAUGAUGUUGAAAUUACCGAUGAUGAUGAGAUGUUACCGCCGCAUGAAAUGGUGGCUAGAGGAUCAAUGAGGUCUCCCAGAACUACUUUCUCGGUACUGGAAGGCGUAGGAAGGACGCUUAAAGGGAGAGAUCUUCGUCAGGUUCGCAAUGCUGUGUGGCGCCAAACAGGUUUUCAGGAUUGAAUUGUGCUCAAUUAAUGCGGUUUUAUAUAUAUCUAAAGUUCUGAACUGACCUGAAGUUAUUAGUUAUAUUAUGUAUAUAGGCAAAUGAAGAAAUGCUUUUAGUAAUUUCUUCCGUUUUUUCCGAAGACGGAGUUAUUAUCUAGACAAAAAUGGGUGAUAUGUUGUAUCAACGUGUACAUUUUGGGCAAUGAUCUCUUUGAAUAUUAAUGUGAGAUCGUUUUUUAGAUCUUA